AAGGGGCUCUGGAGCGCCCGUACCCUGAAGCCGUGUGUACGGGCUGUAACGGUAUAGCUGUGUCGGUCGGGACGCACGUAUAGCAAGGUGCAUUUGAGUCGCCGUUCGAGAACGGAAACAGCCAACUGCCCCGCCUUUACCUUGGAGAGGAAUUCCGGCGGCUACAAGCGCAAAACAUAUAUAAGCAACUGCUAACAAUGAGGCCCGGAGUUGGGUGAACAGUAGCACCGCUUCGAGCACCGUAAAGACUUCAGUUUCCCCGGUCGUAUACCAACUUCAUAACCGCCUCUGUGCAUUCUUGUUAUGUCACGUGACUCAAACCUACCAAUCGGGUACGUGGCUUGCAGGAUACCGGAAGCGCAGUCGUCUGCUCUACGCAGGUACCGAAGUAAUGGGUCGAGGCUUAUUAAUUUCGGACUGACAAGGCCGCGGGAAUAGCUGGAACGCAAACAGCGGUGGAAACAGUGAAACCAGCAAAAGCCUUUUCUCUGGAUCGCCUCGAGUGUAUCGGGAGCCCUGCAAGAGGUCAUGGGACAUUUACGGCCGCUCGGGCGAUUCCUGUUUCGCUUGGUAGCUGCAGGACUGAUUCUGCUGGUAUCGGCGGAGGAGCCGGACUUCAUGAAUCAAGUGAUGCCCGUGAUAUGCGCGGCUACCCAGAACUUGACAAGGCGGAUCUGGUAUUUGGCUUGCGUGGAAUACCUCAUGGAGUACGGGCUGGAAAACGACGCCAACUACUGCUUCAGCAGCGUGAACACGCACACCUGGGAGGAAGCGUUCGGAUUCUUCUGCGGGGACAAAGAGGAGGACAAGCACCAUUUCCUGAUGCAGUGCUUCUCGGACCGCAUCAACGAGAACGUCAUGUACGACGCCAGGGACGUGGACAAGAUGCUCCGGAACUGCAAGUACAGGAUCCCGCCGGACUGAUCCUUCUGCUCGACCGCUGCGUCGAACGAGGCACACGAGCGUGACGUCACUGUGUUGAAGAGCCAAAGAGCGAUGGCCAUUUCGCGCGACGAGAGACGGUUGUCGUCACGAGUUGGCUCGCAUCCGAUAUAAUCAGCUUGUUUCACUUGUCAAAUUAAUUUUUUUUAAAGGAGGUAAGGGGGGAGGAAAACGUCGAAAUGUCUGUUAGGUGUUUCCGUACAUGGCUGUAUCACGCAGUAUAUCCUGCAUCAAAAACGGAAGCUGCCCUCAUUCACGUGCAAAGUAUAGUGAGCGCUGUUAACAACGAAAUCGUAUCCUGCCGGCGACCCGAAUACUGCAGGCUCAAACGCAAAUUCGCGGACGCCAUGCUGCCGAUCUGCAAGUGAGUGUUCAAGCAAGGGAGAUGUGAGGAGGCGGAGAGGAGGUCGACAAUCGCACCUGUAGUGAUAUUUCAGCACCGUCGAGCUUCCAUGGAAGGUGUGAUAAAUGGCACACGUAUAGAGACAGCGUACUUAUAUAUGACGUCAGUACCUUUCUUUUUUAAAUCUGAUGCAUCCCGCCAGCUCAGCCAAGAAGUUAUAGAAAACUGUGACGUGGGCAUGUCCGUGUGCAUUCAUUUUGAGGAAAACGCAGCUAUACGGGAGCGUUUGAUUUCUUCCGGAACUGCAGCACAGUUUGCGCACGAGUUCGGUGGUGGCUUACAUAUUUCACUCCGGGCUUUCGCAGUGGUAGUUCCAAAAGCAUUUGGCAUCGUGCUUCGUUCCAGGUUUUUGUGCCCGUAUUCCCAAGUGCUCGCGUGCGCGCGUAAUAAAACGUGUUUCUAUCUUAAUAAAAUUUAGAGUUGCGAUUUC